UGAACACACACACACACACACACACACACACACGCAUACACACACACACACACACACAGUCCCGGUUCCUCCACAGUCCUUCAGCAUGUCGUCCACUGAGCGCACAGACCUGGGCCGGGCGCUCUGCAUCAUCACCGGGGCCUCCAGAGGCUUUGGCCGGGCUGUAGCGAGGGACAUGUCUCGGUUGGUGAAGCCGGGCUCGGUGCUCGUUCUGGCGGCCCGCUCCGCCGACGACCUGCGGGCUCUGCAGGCGGAGCUGGCCGAGUCGGAGGCAGGUAAAGCGGGGCUGGUGGUCGAGUGUGUGGUGGCGGACCUGGGUCAGGUGGAAGGACCGGAGAGCGUCGUCAGAGCAUCCAAAGCAGCCUUUUCUGAGGGUGUAGAGCACAUUAUCCUGGUCAACAACGCCGCCUCUCUCGGUGACGUGUCCCGCUACACCAAAUGUUUCACCGACAUGACCGAGGUGGACUCUUACUUGUCUCUCAAUGUCAGCUCCUCCCUGUGCCUCACCGCCGGCAUCCUGCAGGCCUUCCCGCAGCGUCCAGGUCUGCAGCGGACUGUGAUCAACAUCACCUCGCUGUGCGCCCUGCAGCCUUUCCCCUCCUGGGUGCUGUACUGCACCGGCAAGGCAGCCAGAGAGAUGAUGUUCAAGGUGCUGGCUGAAGAGGAGCCAGACCUGAGGGUGCUCAACUACUCUCCAGGGCCUCUGGACACAGCCAUGCAGGAGGCGGCCAGAUCCAGAACAGCUGAUCCCAGCAUCAGGAAGUCUUUUUCAGACAUGUUCUCUCAGGGCCAGCUGCUCACCUGUGAGGCGUCCUGCACCAAGCUGAUGAAGCUGCUGCUGGAAGACACGUACACAUCAGGAGCUCACGUCGACAUCUAUGACCUCUAGACACAGCACGAGUACUCGCAGCCAGAUUAUUUAUAAAUGUGCCUUGAUUUUAAAUGGAACUCUAUUAAUUUAUACAUCUUAAUGACUGCAGUUGUAAGUGAAGUUGAGUCUGCAGUCAGUCUAUAGGUUGUAGCCCUCUGUUGUUAAAUAGACCAAUAUAAUAAUAUUUUUGAUAUUGCCGUUAGAAGUUGCUAAAGUCUGAAACUAUCAAGUCAUAUAGGCUUUAAAGUGUGAAGAACACACUUUAAAAAAAGCGUGGUAGGUAACAAGAUGGCUGGUCUGAGCACUCCCAAGAUCAUAGUGAUCAUCUCCAGCUCACAGGACAUCAUCAUACAGGACAUGACCUGUAAUUUCUGCCACUACGGUGUCUUUCACAGCAAAACAGUAACAAUAAGAGGAAGUUUGACGACAAAGUAGUUAUCUUCACCACCAUUGCAGUCAGCUUCUCCCUACCUUUUAUUGCCUUCCUCCUCUCCAAAACAAACAGACCCACUGAUUAAAACUGCUAAAAACACUGAAUAAAGCAGUUCCACCUUAAAAAUCACUGCUUCUCCCACACUGUUGGACAGACAGAGGACGUCCCGGAGGGGCUGUGAGCCGAGCUGCUGCUAACAUUAGCUCAGAUUGUUUCUCUGAUAACUUUAGAUCCAGACGUCUGAUGACUAAAAUCCUUCAUCCAGUUUAAAUCUAGGGUUAGGGGGCAUUUCUGCCUUUAUUAGAUAGUGAUAGAGAUACAGGCAGGAGAUGCAGGGAGAGAAAAAGGAGUAUGUCAUGCAACAGAGAUUCCCAGCUGGAAUCACAUAAUUACAGGUUGUGCGUCUUCAGCGCUAGGCCUUCAUGAUGAAUAAAAGCUUUUAUAAGAAACCAAAACUAUAAUGUUGUUUAAAAAAAAUGCUAAUGGACUGCAAAGAAACUACAAUAAUAUGUUGUAAACCAAAGACCAAAAUGAGAAAUGAAGACCGUACACAAUAUGCCAAAACCUAAAUAAACAAACAAAUUAUGAACAAAAAACAUGAAGAGUUAGUUAAGCCAGGUCUCUUCCCAUUUACAUUAAGUGGCACCAGAUGAGUUGGUGGGUGGGGUUUAGGGAAUGUUGAGUGUCAAUCAUUUGAUAAUUAGCCUAUAGCACUGAUUAAGACAACUUCAUUUCAAAACAGGACCAAAAUCCAACAUCAUGGAUGAAUUUCACUGUGCUGCUUUUUAUGUUACAGGACCUGAUCUGUGAAACUGUCCUCAGGUCAGAGGGAAACUGUGGCUGUAUCUGUGCUGUUAUUCUGUGGUUGAUUUCAAUCAUAUCCAGCCCCCCCUCUGUGCUAUUGAGGGCUUGUCUUGUCAAAAAUGGGUGGUUAUUUUAUCAGUUGAUAUUGAGACUGAUGUUCUUGUUGUGCUGUGACCCCAAUCUGUGUCCUACAUUUCAGUGAAGUCUGGAGGUUGUAGUUUUUAGGUGCCUUACUUUGGAUGUAAACUAUGUUAACGAGAUUCUGUAUUUUCUGAAUAGUUAGAUUAGUGGUUAAUGCCGCUGAGCCCAUGUGAGAGAAAAUGUUUUACUCUUUAUGUCCCACUCAAAUAUUUUUCACACAUUCCUCAAUGUGUCUUAUAUUUUUUAAUAUUGAUAGGAAAUUAUUGCUUUGUACACGCUUUCCUUGUUCAAAUCAGUUUUGUAAACUUGUAACUGUAUAUUACAGAAAUGUAAUACUGAG